UCACUCUCAUCGACCAACCAACCCCUCGCUCUUUCUCUUUCCAUUAUUCUAAGCAAACCCCACAACCAUCUCCAUCAUCUUCAUCAUCAUUUCCUCCCCAUCAAGCCUUCUUCUCUCUCUCUAUAAAGUCUAAUUACUCUUCCCCAUCAACCCAGUUGGGUGUUGUUGUUUUUGCCGUAGCAGUACAACGGGGGCCUGUGGCAAUGAGGAAGCCUGAGAAGAGUACUGCCAAUGGUGCCUGCAGCAACACCACUUCUACUGGUAGCAAGCUUAGGAAGGGGCUGUGGUCACCUGAGGAAGACGACAAGCUGAUGAACUACAUGCUGAAUAAUGGGCAGGGCUGUUGGAGUGAUGUUGCCAGGAAUGCCGGCCUCCAGAGGUGUGGCAAGAGCUGCCGCCUCCGCUGGAUUAACUACUUGAGGCCGGACCUUAAACGCGGCGCCUUCUCGCCUCAGGAGGAGGAGCUCAUCAUCCACUUGCAUUCCCUUUUAGGCAACAGGUGGUCUCAAAUUGCGGCCCGCUUGCCAGGACGUACUGACAAUGAGAUAAAGAAUUUUUGGAACUCGACGAUAAAGAAGAGGCUCAAGAACUCGUCAUCAGUGCCCUCACCAAACGCGAGCGAUUCGUCAUCUGAUCAGCCUAGGGAUGUCAUGGGAGGGCUCAUGUCGAUGAGAGAACAAGGGCUAAUGGCUAUGUACAUGGAUUCAUCGUCUUCGCCACCAUCCAUCCAAGCCAUGGCAGCUCUGAACCAGAUGAUUGAGCCAUUGCCCAUGCUGGAGCCUAGCGUAGACAUGACCAGUGUUAACAGCGGAUGCUUCAAUGCGCCUCCCUGCAUGACCCAAGUUGGAAUUUUGAGUGCUGAGGGGCUUUAUGGGGAUCAUGUUGGGCUCCUUGGAGGAGGAGGAGGUUGUGUUGUUGGGGAGCAAUUUUUUCCACCCGUAGAGAGUAUAAGCAUGGGCGAAAAUGGUAACAAAACCCUCGAAAAUACCUUUGAUAGGAACCCUAAUAACAACCCCUAUAACAACGUCAUCAUCAACAACAACAGUAGCAACAAAGUAGAAAACAUGGUUGGGGUUGGAAACUUUUGGGAAGGUGAAGAUCUUAGAAUUGGGGAAUGGAACUUGGAGGACUUGAUGAGGGAUGUCUCCUCCUUUCCUUUCCUUGAUUUCCAUGUUGAGUAACUUGGUUUCCCUACCUUCCCAAUAAUUUUCUUUUCCUCUCCAUCCCAUUUUAAUUUUCCUUUUCCAUUUCCUUUUCUUUCCAAGCAAACAACAAAGCCCUACGACCCAAAUCCUAAACCUCAGAGUCUUAAUCCCCACCUCCCUAGUCAUUUAGAUGUGGGAAGAGUGUUUUACAAAUAAAGUUCAUACACGACAUCAUCGUACAUUAAGUAGUUUAAUAAUCUUUGCACUGUAUGAAGAGAGAUGUGAAUAGUUCAUAUAAAAGUAGAGAGGAAUACGAAAAUUUAGCUGUUUCGUAUAAAUUGUACUUACUAUGGAAUUAUGUACAAAAACAAUGCUGGGGCUUGGAAGUUGUUAUUAGUGAAAGAUCAAUAGGUUGUACUACACGUGGAUGAAAAUAUAGAAAUUUUCUCUUUCUCUCUC